UCUGACUGUAAUUUGACUGCCGCCCCACAGAGAGCUAGUCAGUCGACUCUUUCCUGUCAGUGAGUGAAGUGCACCUGGGAAACUUUGAUAUUUUUUGCUUCCAAUAUGUUCAAAGGUCGGGAGAACUGGUCGGCUUUGUCCAGACUGGCGCGCCAGUGGACGAUGGAGGACGAGGAGGAGGUGGAAAGGGAGAAGAGGAGGAGGGUGAAGAGCUCGAGCAGCACUGCUGACCCCGAUGCUGACUUCAGCCAAACAAGCGUAGGAGACACGCCCACCGGUGACGCCGCCUUUGGGACAGACUCCACAAGUGAGAUGUCCCCGGGCCUCAGCAGCGUGGACCAGAUACAGCUAGACUUCGUGGAGAUGCUACGUGCCCGUGAUGAAAAGCGGAGGAUGAGGCACGUGGAGACGCUGAGGCAACAGAAGGAAGCAGGGGAGGAUGGAACAGAGGCCUGCAGUGGAGGAGCCAGGGUGGAGAUACUGGGGGACAUGGAUGAGGAGCAGGGCGGUGUGCUGCCCUCUGUGGAAGCCACAACCAAACCACAACCAAGCCUUAAAAACGCCUCUUACAGCCCCACCAUCAGCAGCAGCAGCAAUACCAGCACUAACUUCACAAACAGACAACACGAAAAUGGAGAAUCGUCGAGCAGAGAUCCCGAUCCAAAGCCAUCGUCCAACCCGGCCCGCAAGUUUGUCAGCUCUGUCUCCAUCUCACUCGACAAAAGUCCCUCCGCCAGCGGAUGCACGAGUCCCAUGAGCCCUCGCUCCCCGACGGCCCAAUUCUCGCCUCGAGAACACUGGCCGUCGCCUUGCCAGAGCCCAUCUCCUUGGGGAGCUCAGAGCCCUGUUCAAAACGGACACACACAGGAGACCAGUGUGAAUGACUCUUCCUCCAACGGCAACUUUGAACAGACGACCAAACCUGCGUUCGUCAGACAGAGCUCCAGGACUAUAUCUUUCAGGAUGAUGAGGAAGAAAGAAGAGGAGAGAGCGCCGCUGCAGAGGAGUGCGAGUGUGAGGGUGGCCCACAAGAUGUUUGAAUCCAACACAGAUGAAGAUGAAGACAGAGCAUCAUCUUUCCAGAGAAACUCUAGGCAGAGGAUUUCAUCCAGGUCCAUCCAGGAGAAGAUGGAGAGACUGGCUCAGGCAGCACAGAAGUCAGAAAUAAUGCGAUCCCCAGACGUGACCCAGAGGACUCUGUUCCUGCUGGACGAGGUGUCCAGGAAGAGAGGCCUCUUUGAGAAGGAGAAGCAGGCAGCGAGCCCCACCAGCCCGGGAGUUUCCAGACAGGAAUUUAGGAGCUUCACAUCAGGAAUGUCAGACCGGAUCAACCGCUGGGUCAAGAAGACCAACGACCCUGGGUCUUCACUCAGUCCAUCUGAGAUGAGGAAUGUGGACAUCACCAGUAAGAGGAGCCUGUUUGAGACCAGAGAGGAGGACAGUGUCCCAAAAACCAGCCUUGGAAAAAUCUAAAUCCAGUGAAGGAUGUCCAUUUAUAAAGUCCAACAGGAUAUAGCAGACUGUGAGAGGAGACAAAGUGAACUGGAAGAUUAAUGGAUGCCAUGACUGACUGAUUCUUUCUUCAAGCUUCUUUUUUUUUUUUUUUUUUUCUGCCAAAGCUCACAGGAGGAACAGAUAUGCCAAAUAGAGAAAAAAGCAUCUUGAAUUUUAGCUUUAAAGGACUGAAAAGGAGGAUACUGCUUUUAAAGUUAGGAGGCUUUAAUCAUACACUUCUGCAUUGCUUCUUGAAGUACUAAUAUGUCUUAUUUCCAAUAUUGAAACAGACAUGAGAGGAGAAGAAAGGGGAUAGAAAACAGGGAGGAUAGUGAUAUAUAUUUGUUUUUAAAGCUCUUCAGCUGUGUGCCUUAUCUUUGUGUAAUUUUUCAAGCACUUUAAAAAAGGGUGAAGGUCUUGAGGCUAAUGAUGCCUGUUUUUACUGAAUUACAGUCGUGGGAAGUUGUAAUUGUAAGUUUUUGUUUAAUCUGCCAAAAUAUUCUUUUUGUUCUGUGGGCAAGACGCUGCCUGUCUAAGAAAUAAAAAGGUUUUAUUACCACAAA